AUGGGGUUUUACUUUAGCAGUUUGCUAGCUGUGAUCUUGGGCACAGUUUGUUCAGCCAGUGCUGACACAACCGACCCAUGUUAUGAAGCCCAAAGAAGGCACAUACUCGAGGUCUAUCAUAAUCCGACUGUAAAUGACUUAACCAAGGAGAGAAAUAUUCCGGAUCUGAUUUCCUUUUAUCUUCGUUACCCCAAUGCUGUUCCUCUGUCCAAUGAAGAUAGGCAACAAUUUGAGAGGUUCAUCCACAACUACAGAGAGUUUCGGAAUGUUUUGGUUGAUGGAGUACCGCCACAGGGAGGAACCAUUGGAUCCAUAUUCGGAAAUUUCAUGGGCAGAGUUGGAUCCCGAUAUAUCAUGUCUCUGUUCAAUAAAAAGCAGGAAGGUCAAGGCAGCCCUGUCUCCAAUUCAACUGUCUUAACAUAA